GGUAAGACCACACUGCUUACCAUCAACGGACCCCUGGAGUAAGUAAUGAACACAGUAGAUGAUGUGCUGUACAGUGCGUGGACACACGAAGGGAUGCUCCUCCCACCACAAGCCUCUCUGCUGGGGAGGCUCCGGCCUCCGAGGCUGUCUUCCCUUGCAGUCAUUAUCAUUGCCGUCGUCCUCUCAGUGCGUCCAUGAGUAACAUGAAUAGUGAGUGGUGGCUGACGUCCUUAACUGUCCUGCAUGUGUAGUGUUAAUCUGAGACGUCGUACAACCAACAAUUCCCUGAACCAGCUCAGUAUUAAGUGUGGCGCAUGCUGCGUCACAGACAACUCGGCCCAACAAAGGGGACCAAGCGCAGCAGCCGCCCAUGCGAUAACUCUCCACACAGACUCCGUCACGGAGAAAAAGAGAGGGAGGAAAAAACAAACAAACAAACACUAUUUUCCUCGGAAGAAUCAGAAAUAGCUGCUUAUAUCAGAACUCCACACGCAGACAUCAAGAGCAUGGGAAGCUCUUGUUACUCCAGACUCACUCUGAAGCCCUCGGAGGGACCGGCCAGAAUCAAUCAAGAUCAAGAUCAAGAUCAGUUCACAGCCGAAGCGGGGGAGAGACAGCCACACGACCAAAGAGAGCUGAACGAGCUUCAGAGUCACCUGCUGAGAGAACUUGCGGGUCUAGUGGGUCAGGAAAGGGCUGAGAGACUCUACCGAAACCACGUGUGCCGCAAACACUUCCUUUUGGUGUACGGGGAGGGAGAGAAGGAAAAAGAACUCGUAAAUAAGUUGAAGAGAUGCCUGAGAAAUAAAGGAGAGGAGGUGGAAGAUCAGUGGAGCAUUUCAUAUGGACAAAAUAUACAAGAUGGUUGGCAUAGACUAUCAAGUAAUGCAAAGGCAGUUGUGGUACUGGUAUCUCCUACACUCCUUAAAAAUAGACAACUGUGCAGAUAUUUGUCGGAGAUAAGGCAUUCUCACCAAGAUACUACUAUGCCACUCUUCCUUGAACCACUGACUCCCAGGAGCUUGCCUUCAAGUUUGGCUUUUCUUCAACAAGAAAAUGCCAGAGAAGUGUCACAGAACCAUUGGAAUCCAGACCCAUUCAUCACAUUUCUACUGUAUCAAUGCAGACGUCGUAAACACUUUUGCACGAAAAUAAAAGCUCUGAAUGCUCUUGUGAGUGAGCUCCAAGACAACCCUGACUAUGUGUGUCCUUGUGGUACUUGUUAGGCUUAUUCUGUCUCCAUCCCCUUUGACACUGUGGUGUAUGUACAGAUGCCAGCACUUAACUCCUUGCCAAUCCUGGCCAUAUCAUUUCUGGGGGGUUACCAAUGUUAGGUUAUGAUAUAGCAUCACCGUGAAAUGAGCUCUGGUUACUGAGAGGCUACAGACACACUGUUCUCUUCUUUACUAUCACUAUUAUCAGUAUCUUUGUCUUCACCAAUCUCACUGCCUCUGUCACCGCCUGCACUGAGCCAUGCCAGGCUGCUCGCACACAAACCAAGGAAUAUACAAGAAUAUAUAAGAGUCCUUGACACAAACUAAUAACCAGGCAAUCCACGGUGACCACUUUUCACGAGACGCAUUUGGCAACAAUUAAUAUUAACCCCAUCCCGGUGGCAGAGCAGAUGAGUGUAUUAGUACAAAAUAAAAGAAAUAAUAUAUAUAUAUAUAUAUAUAUAUAUAUAUAUAUAUAUAUAUAUAUAUAUAUAUAUAUAUAUAUAUAUAAAAGUCUAUAUUAUAGACUCUACUGACUGCCACGAAACCCAACAAACAAUUGAAUAUAUAUAAGUAUAGACUGCUGCAAAACUGAACAAGUGGUAUCUGUAUAUAGACUGCUGCAGAACACAACAAACAAUUAAAUCCAUACAUACUUGUAGAUGUUAAUUGUGUUUGAUUGAUGAUAAUGUAUGUCUAUAUACUUAUUGGUAAUGUACGUCAAUAUACUUAUAUGAAUGGUUAGUUACUUACAUCCAGGGCUUGUGACCUGGAUGUAAUUUACUUCCACUUUUCUUUGUAUUUUGUACUUAUUCAUUUUUAGGCAACAGCUUCCAACAUACAUAUACCCUCAAACUGUCAAGCACUUUCAGUAUACGUAUACCAUUUCCAAUCUGUUCUGAGAGGGACUUACUAAAUGUUCUCUUCCUUUGUUAAAAUCUUUGAAAUUCAAGACACUGGUCCUCUGCCAACAACUGGAUAUAUUUAGCAACAAGAGCACUUAUCUUGGUCCAUGAAUGAUACAUAACUACAUAAUGUUACUGUGUAUUGUUUUCCAUAUAAGGGGUGUGACUUUGAAGGAUUAUAUUCAUGCCUCUCUCAUCCACUCAGUGAAAGCCAUGCUCAGAAUAUGUCCAUCUAUAUCUAGGGGGAUAUGUUAGUGGUACUUUUUUUUGCUGGUGAGCAUACAUUACAAGCAACUGUAUAAAAAAAAAAAUAAUAAUAAUAAUAAAAAAUAAAUAAAAACUAAAAAUAACUAUAUAAAUUAAAUAAAAAAUAAAAAAAAGGAAAUUGAAAAUGUUCUUGUGGUGUAUCCUCAUCAUUUUCACUGAUGAAUUCUGGCCUAGACAAGAUUUUUAAACUACAGGUAAUACAUUAGCUUUUCACUUUCCGCUGCAGAAAAGAAUAGAAUUAGAUACCAAGAUACUUUCAUCGUGUAGACUUAUGACCUGUGGCUGAGUAUGUACUGAAUAUUUAGUUAGAAAACUCCUCAUGCAUAUAUGAAUUAUCAUUAUUAUUAUUAUCAUCAUCAUUAUAUUUAUUUAUUAAUAUUUCAUGUGUGAAGAAAAAGGAAGAGAUGCAUGACUGCUGAAUUGUGACAUGGAUAAUUACAAGGAAGAAAUAUCCCAGAGACACAGUCACCUUAUAGUGGGCUGCUCCUCGGAGAAUGGUAUAUCAAACAUAAUAAUCGAUACAAUUUUGUUUUACUUGUGGCAUUUCAUAACAAUUUUGCUGAGGUUAUUUAUUCCUUUACAAAUAAGUAUAUAAUGAAUUUACAGCAAAGCAUCUUUUCUCCAACAAGAGGUAGGAUAUUGUAAAUAAUACAUGCCAUGAGAUGACGAGCAUUACUUGUCUCACUACACAUAUCCACAGCCAGGCAAGACAAUGAAAAAACUUACCAUGAUAUGUAAUUGAUAAUGAUCCUUAUCAGCAACAACCAAUAAUCAGGAAGUGGUGAUUGAUUUAUUGCCUGAUAACUGGUGAAGCGAUCAAUAAAAGAUUCCAAUUAGCAA